UCUCGCAGUUUUUCGAUUUCCAUCUGUACAAGUUACUCCUGUUGUUUGCAGCUAUGACCAAGAAGAACUGUCCUCGUGGCAGCAAAUGGGACAACCUCGUCAACACCUGUAUCCCAAAUGUGCUGGAAACCAGACCUGAAUCUCCAACAGUGUUGACCCCAGUUUUCCAUCAGAGAACCACAUCUCCUGAUGCCUGGGCAGACCCGGCAAGUGCCCUGAGUCCAGUUCUGUGGAUUGUGGUGGUGUUGACAAGCCUGGGCUCCAUCGUGGCUUUGGCUCUCUGGUUUAUUAUAUACAGACAGCAAAGCAGACUCAGUAGAACCUCAGAAGAAAUGGAGCCUGGGCCAGAGCCUCCCCAGAAAAUAGAGCCACCUAUUGAAGGUCACUUUUCCGCCACACGGAGAGGGAGAAGUAUUCCAGAUGAGAUGUUGCACAGAGCUUCAUCGGCCCCUUUAGCCUGUGCCCACCUUUACCACCAGGGACCCCACAACAUCUCAAAGUGGGAGGAGGGAUUAGGCAAUUGCAGGGGCCCCUGGAAAUGUCAGAAGGCAACAGGCAGAGGGGAAACAGACCACGCUGAGGAGCUUGGAGGUUUGCCAGUUUGCAAUGCAAUGAGAGCGCACAGACUUCCACUUCCCGCCACAGAACUGGGUGGCACUACCUUGGUUACAACCAAAACUAUGUAGUUUGUACUCC